AUGUUACGUGUUGAAAACUUGCGGCGUUCGAUGACUCGCCUGGCUCGUCAUUCUCUCAUUCGUGCCGUCCCCUUUUCGCCUCUGAGUGUCGGAUCCAGUACCGACCAAACCUUUGGUGCCCCCACCCGAACACCAUUCCGGUCUCACACGUGCCUUCUUUGCGAUGUGUCGUACGAGUCGUGGGGAGACCACGCAGAGAGUACCACUCACAUAGCGCGUCAUGCUAUUUGCAGGACUUUUGUAUCCCCUGAGCGACAUAAUGCGGUAAUGCAACAGCUGUGGAAGCAUAUUCGUCUUGAUUUUGGGUACGUUGACGAGGUCACUCAUAAAAAGGAGGACCGUCGACGCAUGCGCCUCGCCUCCACGAUGCGCCACCUACAGGAGAAGGGAGUGCUUCACCACUCACUUCCCCGUGUGACGGUAGACGCGCAGUCCGAGGUAUCGCUUACGGUGGAGUCAGAUAGCUUUGUGAAUUAUAUGUUCCUGGGCGAAAGCUUUGCGCGGCAGGAGACGUUGGAUCGCGUGGCGCGGCUGAUGCCGCGGGCAGAAGCUCUUGAACUUAGUAGUAUCAUAUCGUUUGUUCUUUCGAAGAGGCGCCUAGCUCAUUUUUUCGAUAUACUUGACAUGCGUAAAAUGGUUUUAAAUGGUGACAGUUCCGACGAUAAGGCGUCGGCUGAUGGUGGCGUACCACCCACCAUUCCACGUCUGCAGCAGGACGGGAAGGCUGUUAUCCUGUUCAGCUGUUUGGGGGAGUUGCAAAUGUUCUCGCGGCGGGAUCGAUCGCACAGCGUGGCCACACGGUCAGCCGCGGAGCAACUGGUCCUCAAUGUGCUUGGCACACACGUAAUGGAGAACAUCAUAGGCGAACUGGUGCACGAGGCACUGCAGACUGUCGUGGAGGAAGGGACGGCAGUAUGGCGUGAACACUGUGGUGAAUUGAAGCACAAGUUAUUUGAAGGGACAAAGGCGGUAUCACCCCCCAUAGCUACGACUCCAAACCCCGUGUCAAACUCUGGUGGACCAGAAGUGACAGCGGACGUUAAUGAUCAAAUGUGGGUGGACCUUUGCAGAUUGUACGUGCUCGACAAGAAUGGCAGUGUGCCUCAGCUUCAACCUACGGUGAAGCGACACUCAUGGCAUGAUGUGGCGCGCGCGCUGACACUCGAACUAACGGUUCCGAAUCCAGUGAACAAGAGCGCCGUUUUCGCUGCGGCUGCUCCCCGCCUUGCCACAAAGAAAAAAUAG